AAGCCUGUAAGAGCGACUGGGCCGUUUAACUAUGGUGUAUUUGUUACACUCGAGUGAUCAACUUUACUUUUAGCAAAAACUUCUUUUAUCAUUACUUUCACCGACCCAUACAAUGGAUCGCUGGCAGAUUACCACCUUGCGACAAUUUCAAGCAGUCAUUUAAAGCAACCACUCAAAUAUCCUUUAAUCGUCGGUCUGAAGCCUAACUUUUCACGGACAUGGCAGCAAGAAUUGCCGAAGAUGACAUUUUGGACGAUGACAUUCAGGGAAAGGAUGACUAUGAGCUUGACCUCGCUGACGAAGAUGCAUUACUUGAUUUGGAUGAGGAUGAAGCACACACAUCUGGCAAUUCACGGGAUCAGGCAGCAGAAAACGUGGCCAACAUAGAGUAUGUGGAUGAGGAAGGCAACCCUGUGGCAGUUCAUGAUGGUGACAGCCUUGAAGUAGUAGAUGAGUACAGCUACAGUGAACGAAGGACGAAUGACGACGGAGAUGUGCUGGACGUUGAUAUAGACCCAGACUUUGAUUCUCUAAUUCAAGACAAUGAAGAUCUCGAGAGUGUGUCGAGCCUGCAGCCUCGUUCCCAUCGACUUCGUGCGCCAAACCGGCCCCAGAAGGCAGCCCAGAGUGCGGUACCACCUCCCACUGAGAAAACAGAGGAGCCUGUGCCACUUGCCACUGAACCACCCUCUUCUCCAAGUCUUUCUCACGUCGAGUCAGCAGAGAGGGAGUCUGCGAGACCUCUUGAAGAUGAAGAAGAGGAGGAGGAGGAAGGAGGACGAAGAGGCCGCUUCCAAACUGAGAGGCGCGUGGGCACUGUGAUUGCCACUGUGUCAUCAAAACGGCGGCAGACCAUACCCGAUUCUCUGGAUGCAGUCAUCAGUCAGGAGGAUGCAGCCAAGAUUGAUGCUUACCUUAGCCGUGAUGAAAGAAGGCCAUCAAACCGGCGGGGACGGGGCCGUGGUGGCAACUUUAGAGGCCAGAAUAACAAGAGAGGUGGUGGCGGGCCUUCCCGAGGUGGCUAUCGUGGUGCUGCACAGCACAUUGAGCCAUGGGUGGCACCGCCCUUUCCCAUGCACUCCCCAGGCCUUGUGCGAUUUGGGACACAGUCUCCACCCCAGCGACCUUUUCACCCGGGAACGAUGGCCGGUGCAGAGGGACCACGUGGCAAGAUCUUUGUGAACCCCCAGUUUCGCAAUGGUGCUGCCGGACUUGGACCUGGUGUCCAGAAUGAAGGAGCACACUUGGGCAUUCAACCCUUUCCAAAUGCACGGGGACCGCCACCAUUUGGGAAUCGGCAGCCGGAACCCUUCAUGCGACCCCCAUUUGUGUCACAGGGGGGCCCUCCCCUUGUGCUUCGUACAGAGCCUUUUGUCUCGGCCGCCCUACUCCAUCCACCCCAGCAGCCGUCACAUCAUGUGGCCCGUCCGAACCUGCCACCCCAGCACUUCCCACCCGCCUUGGAUCACUUCGUGAUAGGUGGACAGUCUGGAGGCUUUGAGGUACCGACGCAAGGUUCAAGGUCCUCUGAGUUCGGUGGACCGCAGCCCCCACUGGGAACUGAUACAUUUAGGCCACAGCCAUUAGACCCUUGGCGGUCCCCUCCAACAGCCAGGGCUCCUCCAGAUCCCGUGCAACACAGGUUGCCUAUGCGACAACAGCAGCAACUGCAUCAGCCUCAGCACCAACAACAGCAUCAGCAGCAACAGCCUCAUCAGCAACAGCAGCAACACCUACAAGGCCAAUUCGGAAAUGUAUUCCCUCCUGGGGCCCCUAUGCAUCACCAACAGCAGCAGCAGCAGCAUCAACACCAGCAACAGCAUCACCAGCAGCAGCAACACCAUCAACAGCAGCAACAUAAUCAACAGCAGCAGCAACAACUCCAUCAACCACAGCAGCAACAGCCAGGCUCCCCACUGGGCAGUGGAGGCCACCUGUUCCAGCCCAGUCCAGCGUACCAAGGCGGGCCCUUGCCGAGGGUGGCUGGAGGUCCACCACAUAUGGCACACCAUCCACAGGGAGCAAGCACCUUGGAGCAACAACAACAGCGGCAGUUCCACCAGCCUCCACCACCACAGAGCUCGGCUGCUGGAAGUAUGUUUCCUUCAAUGCAAGGGGGAGGCCCACCACGCUAUACAGGUCCUGUGUCGGCAGGCGCAAGCUUCGGUGUGCCACCGCGGUUUCAGCAGCCGCCACUACCACGUGAACCUUUUGGCAAGAGGCCCAGCCCUGCCCAACCUACUGCAGCGCCACCAAAAGCACCGCGUCUUGAAACCCCACGCAUGCCUCGAAAGCAAAGCCAGGGUCCACCGGCUCGCACGGUGAACAACGCUAACAUCAAGGAAGUGCCGAUCUUGGAUUACUUGCCGCCACCCGAACCUGAGAAGGCAACGCUGCCUCCAGCAAUUGAAGAGGAUGCAGCCACUCAAGAGCUUCGGCGCAAAAUUGAGGAGCAGAAGAAGCUGCGAGAACAAGUUAUGCGCAUCAAGGAAGAGCGUCGCAAGCUUGCUGUCAUGCAGCGACAGAAAGACUUACUGGAGCAACGGCUCCAGGCUACUGCGCAACCACCAGUGGCUAGCACAGCACCCAGUGCUACGAGCACGCCAACAGAGAAGCCACAGGCUGCAGCCAGUACAAGCGGAAACGUGAAGCAACGAUUGGGCAUAAGGCCAGCGGCACCAGCUCCUGCGCAACAGACGGAGUCUCCUCCUGUUCUUAAAAAAGUGGUCAUUGUGAGGCGAACUGGACAGCAGCAGCAGCAGCCGCCUGUAGCAACAACGGCACCUCCAGCUCCUGGCCCUGCCAACCAAAUGAACACAGAGAUGGCUCCUCCACGUGGUGUGGGAAGUCUACGAGGCCGAGGUGGUGCAACCAUAGCCAGUCGUCUUGGGCCUGUGCGCACAGCGGGCCUGGCUGCAACAGGUACCGCUGGUGCACCGCGGAAGGUCAUCCGCAUUGUGUCCAACAACGGAAGGCUGCAGGCAGUGAAUGCUGCAGGAGCAACGGCAAUGAUGCCACCACGCCUGAUCGCUCCCGGUGUGCCAACAGUGCGGCCCCAGGCACCUGGAGCUGUGAUGAUGCAUGCGCCGGCUAGGCUACCAAAUGCAACAGCUGUUGGCAGAGUGCUGGUGUCAAACUUGUCGGCAUCCACAAAUGAAAACUCACUUCGCCAUCUUGGCCGUUCUUGUGGAGUUGUCACUGAAAUCAUACUUGACAAGAACCAGCGUCAGGCAGUCGUCAAGUUCAGAGAACAUCAACAAGCCGUGCAAUUUCAGAAGAAAUAUCAAAGGCACAUGUUAGACCUGUCUAUGAUUCAAGUCAGCCUGCUUCCACCGUGAGGGUGGGAACAGCACUUCUGCACUCGGGACAGAGCCAUAGCAAGGAGUGAUCUGGGAUCCAGAGUACCAGACCACGUCCCGAGAAUGCUACCGCUCCAGGCUGUGAGCACCAGGGUCAAUCACCGGUAGCUCUGCAUUGGUCAUCACUCCGCAAGGGAAGUGCUCACCCCCCACCCACACAGGUUGUCUGCCUCUUGCAAACUGCUCGCUAGAAGGGCCUCUUCAGCUUCUCUUGGCUCUGCAGUACACUUGUCUGUUUGUUAUGCUCUUGCUGUAACGUUUUGCUGUGCUAGCAAAAUGAAUUGCUAUUGUUUGAGUCUUUCUUGAUGUGGGGAGUGCUUGACACAGAUUGUACCUUGAUUCCUGGACUUUUACAACUGUGUUGAAGAUGAACGUGCUGUCAGGAACAGUUCGGCUUCGGGACAGAAAACGUGUGUGUGCGCGUGUGUGUGUGAACUGCCCAUCUCUUUUUUUUUAUGUGGAAUUUGCCUAUGGACCGUCAGUUCUUAUAUGGACAGGCACUUUCCAAUGACACUCCAAGUCUGUGCGACUGAACUUCAAGUGUGCUGCUUGUGUGAGGCACCAGGCUCUGCUAGGUGCUGAUGGGUCGUGACACAAAGGUCAAUUUCACACUGGUUGGAGGCUUUACAGCGAGGCUUCAAGUUUCCUAGAAACUUGGUCGUUUUUGCGCUGUACAGGAUACAUUCAGUGCCGAGGAUUUUGUGGAGACUGUCGAACUUUGAAGAAGCAUUCAUUGAAGACCUUUUUCGGCUUUUUCGUUUGGCAACGUACAGGCAACAUUGUCCUUUGGUCUUUUAAAGCUUGGCUUUCUUCAGUAUGCACCUAGUUCACCAAGACGUGAGAAUAAAGAAAGCUAAA